UGCUCGACGCAAUGGCUAGUGGCGGCGACGACCUUGGCGAGGCAGGCGUGGGGCCGGAGACCCGCCGCGUCCACGACUGGGUUCCCGAGGGGAUGGAAUUGCGGUUUGCUUUCUUGGUGAACAUUAGAAGGGAGCGAUUCAUUGUGGAUGCAAAGGAUCAAAAGAAAUUCCAAGGAGGGUUUGAUUAUCGGUUGCCAAUGGAUUGUAAUUGGAGUUUUAGACAAUUUGGCGAGGUAAUUUGCGGCCCAUAUCCUUGGGGUAUGCAUGAUGAAGUGGAAUUCAAAUACUACGAUGGGGGAAUUGAUUGGGUGAAAGUUAGUAAUGAUGAAGAGCUCGCUACCAUGUUUGCUAAGCAUAAGGAGAAAGAGCAAUUUCAUGUGAGGCUGCAAAAUGAUGUGGUUGUGCCGGCAGUUGGAACUUCUCGGACAGAUUCAUGUCGUCGUAAUGGCAGCUCUAGCCAGAACAGUUCAGUUAGGGGAGCUUCAGUUAGUGCACGGCGACGUGGUGGCUCGUCAAACAUGGGCACCGGCAGUAGGGUCCCAAGAGAAGUGGAGCCUGAAUACAUCGAUGAUGAAGAGAGGCUAUAUUCUGAUGUUGUGCAGAAUUUACGGCGGCCAUAUCGGGCUGAAAACCGAGAUGAGUGUGACAAUGAGGCUUUUGUGAUUGAUGAUGAGGAGGUUGAGGACGAAGACCUUCCAGCUAUUGAAUGGGACCCUGCAAACUCUCAGAUGGAAGAAGGUACCAUCUUUGCAUCCAUGAGUGAGUGUAGAAAUGCACUUGUGACAUAUCGCAUCGGGGCGGAGCGUACAUUUGAAGUUGACAAGAGCGACGAGCACACAUGCCUGGAAUCAACCCUGAGGAAGGAAACAAUCAGUAGAGCCAAGUCAAGAUGGGUGGCUGAAGAAGUAAAACGGUGGGUGACAGAAGACCAUCAAGUGGGUACAAAGGAGUUGCAGAAGAAGCUCAAAGAAAAGUUCAAGAUAGAGGGUGAAGUGGAGAAGACCAGCCCAGGUAGUAUUGUAGAUAUUGAUCACCACACCGUGGAGUACACGUUGAGGGGAAUGACAAUGACCAAAGAGUGCUUUAGAAGGGUUUUUGUCUGCUUUGAGGCUUGUCGCCGGGGUUUUUUGGAAGGCUGCAGGCCCUAUUUGGCUAUUGAUGCUACUUUUCUCACAGGGAGGUUUAAAGGACAGUUAGUAGCAGCUUGUGCAGUUGAUGGAUACAAUUUUGUAUUUCCAGUUGCUUAUGGCGUGAUAGAGGCAGAGUCUGAGGAGAGCUGGACUUGGUUUUUGCAGAAUCUGCGCCGGGCUAUUGCACAUCCCAAUGGGUUGGUAAUUCAUACAGAUGCUUGCAAGGGUUUAGAAGUAGCCGUGGACAAUGUGUUCCCUGGAGUAGAACAUAGGGAAUGCAUGCGUCACCUUGCUGCAAAUUUUGGGAAGAAAUUCAAAGGAAAGGUGUAUGCCGACAAUUUAUGGCCAGCAUCUUUGACUUGCGAGUGUGAAGAAGCACAACUAUCACAUGAGGCAGUUAUACAAAAAUGA